AUGGAUCAGUCGCAAUCUAGGGCUUCGUCCCGUGGUGAGUCUACGCCGUCUCCCACGCAUGUUUUGAGACGCAUGCAGUCGGCUCUCUUGCCUGGAGAACGGCAAAUGAGCGCUUUUCAACAGCCUACUUCAACGCCCGAUGCAUUUACGACGGUAACAGACCCUGUGACGACGCGAGCAUCUGUGUCACCUGGCUCUUCAGAGUUCCCCCCUCCCAGGGUCAGUAGCCAGCUUGUCCGGCAUGAAUCGCCGGCGCCUAUCGUUCAUGGAGCUGACUUGGCAUCGUCGACUCGGCCCAUGCCUGUGUUGCUCCCAGGUGAUAGGCCGGUAAACCCAGCUCUACUAUCAGAUGUGGCCCGUGCCUUGGAGAACGCUGUGGUGCCAACCAAUCGAACCAAGAACGAGCUGACAUAUGCUCGUGCUUUUGAUGGGCAGGAAACGGUGGACAAACUCAUGGAGAUUGCUCGGACAAGGCACAGAGAUUUGGCGCUGCUACUAGGUCGAGCGUUGGAUGCGCAAAAAUUCUUCCAUGAUGUGACAUAUGACCACAGGCUUCGUGAUUCACAAAGUGAAUUGUAUCAAUUUUACUAUGACCGAUGGGGGCCUCAUAUUGAUGGGGAAGCAUUCGCGCUCACCACACCUGCAGCGUCGCGACGAAACUCUUCCUCCACAGCAGCAGGUCGACCGACACUCACGGCCCUAGAUAUGGAACGUGUGUACUCAGCCCAAAAUGCCUUGGCCAUUGACGAUGCGGAUGAGAAAGAGGCUCAGACAUACCACCCUGAAUACCCAAUUGGUGUGUUCACACCGUUGACCUCUUGCUACAGCCCCACUUGUCAGCCUGGCCAGCCAUGCUACAGUUACGCCUGUCCCAACAACCGUGUGGAGCUCACUUCAGUGCAGUCCACGUUGCAACGGGAGGACAGCCACGAAGGGCUGAAUGAAAUUACGACACAGCUAUGGGCCGAAUCUGUCCCCAAGGAAAUAUAUAACCAAGUGCCCGAUAUGGAGCGCAAGCGUCAAGAAGUAAUUUUCGAAAUUAUUUCUACGGAACGCGCGUAUGUACAAGAUCUGGAAUAUCUUCGUGAUAUUUGGAUUAAACCACUCAGUACCCAGCAUAUUUUAUCAGAAUCGAGACGCGAUGGGUUUGUUGAAAAGGUGUUUUGCAAUCUCCUCGAGAUUCUGGCCGUCAAUGCCCGCCUUUCGGAAAUGCUCAUGCGGCGUCAACGACACCAUGCCGUCAUUGACCAUAUUGGAGAUAUUUUUGUGGAGUUUGUUCGCGAAUUUGAUCCCUACGUAAAGUACGGCGCCAACCAAGCAGCCGCUCGAUUGGCUGUCGAGGCGGAAAAGUCGAGCAACCCUAUCUUUGCCAUGUUUGCCGCUGAUACGGAGCGAAAAGCUGUAUCGCGGAAAUUGGAGCUGAAUGGAUAUCUUACCAAGCCCACCACCCGUCUUGCACGAUACCCCUUGCUGUUCGAGCAGAUGCUGAAAUUUACGGCGGAAAGCAAUGUGGACAAAAUGAUCUUGCCAAAAGUCAUCCAGCAAAUCCAACGACUCUUGACGCAUGUGAAUGAUGAGACGGGUCGAAGUGAGAAUAGGCUCCAGCUUACGUUUUUGAGCAGGCACCUUGUAUUUAAGCCUCUUGAUAUGGUUGAUCUGCGUCUGAAUGAGGAGGGACGCGAGCUUGUCUUCAAGAAUGCACUGAAGAAGCGUGGCACACAAAGCGACAGCUCUGAAAUUCAGCUCUACCUCUUCGAUCACGCAUUGCUAAUGGUAAAGGUAAAAAUCGUCCACAAGGCUGAAGUGUUCCGCGUUUAUAGGCGCCCGAUCCCGUUGGAGUUCUUGCAAGUGACUGUGUAUGACGACGUACAGACAUCCAAGGGCAUCAAAACACGGUCAGUAUUGUCGCGCUCCUCAAUUGGCAAGCGCACGUCCAUUGGUGCUAUGCCGGGCCAAACACUUCCAAAGCAGGACAGCAAGUCAGGGUACGCCAUUACGUUUGCGCACCUGGGAAAGCGCGGCUAUCACAUCACGUUGUGGUCCACCACGAUGGCCAAUCGCUCUAAAUGGCUCGAGCAUGUGGAAAUGAGGCAGGAAAUCCUCCAGAACCGGAGUCGCAUUUUCGACAUGAUUCCAGUAGCGCCAGGUAUGAUGGACGUACCUACGAACCGGAUUACUUGCGCUGUGCCAUUUGAUUUCUGCCGGCAGAUCUUCUUCGGUAGAGAAGAUGGCGUGUACCUGGCCAAUGUGCGUGACGAUACACAUCCGCCCAAACUUGUUCUUGCUCUCCCAGGCGUGACGCAAGUGGACGUGCUGGAAGAAUUCCAAAUUUUGAUCGUACUGGCGGAGCAAGUGGUCCAUACAUUCACCUUGAAUGCACUGGACCCUGCUGAUCCCGUCAUGUCACUGAAGCGUGGACGGCGUAUUGCGUCGCAUACAUCGUUCUUCCGCGCGGGCGUCUGCAUGGGUCGUACAUUGGUGUGCGUUGUGAAGUCAGGGCCUGUGUCGUCCACCAUCAAGACUCUGGAGCCUAUUGAGUACAGUUUGCGAGCUAAGAAGCAACAGACUUUCCGAAAGCUCUUGCAGGGUGGGCAAGAUACGCUGCGUGUAUUUAAGGAGUUCUAUAUCCCGACCGAGUCCAGCUCGAUUCACUUCCUCAAGUCGAAGUUGUGCAUUGGUACGACCAAAGGCUUUGAAAUUGUGGACCUGGAGACCCUUGAGACACAGGGCUUGCUGGAUCCUGCCGACCAAUCUCUGGACUUUGUGCAACGACGCGAAAACUUGAAGGCCAUUGCGAUUUACCGCAUCGAAGGCGAGUUUUUACUGUGUUACAAUGAGUUUGCCUUCUACGUAAACAAAAAUGGGUGGCGUGCUAAGGGCAACUGGAUCAUUCAUUGGGAAGGCAAUCCGACAUCGUUUGCCUUGCACUAUCCUUAUAUUCUGGCCUUCGAGUCGAACUUUAUCGAAGUCCGGCACGUGGAAACAGGAGCUCUUCACCAGGUUAUCACUGGCUUUAAUUUGCGAUGCCUUUUCGCGGAUACGUUCUCGGCAUCGAUCCAAUCCCGUUCCUACAACCAUCGGCUUCAAAAGAUGGGAUACGCCAACCCUAUGCGUACAAACUCGAUGCCUGUACAACAGGUGACUGUGGCACCGCCCAAUAUAGUGGGUAGCCCAGCGGCGGCAAGUAUGACGGCUGCUAUGGGUGGGAUUCAAACACCAGUCGUGCCGCCAGGCACAAUGUCCGACGGGUCAUCGCCGUACAACUCACCACGGCUGUCAUUCUCGUAUGGAUCCCCGUUAUCCCUGCAAUCGCAAUCCUUUGGCCCAUUAGUACAAUCACCUCCGAACAUGACCUCUGGAACAGCACAAUCGAGCGUAUUGGAAUCGGUGCUGGCUAGUCGUUCUGAGAUUUUGUUCGUGGGUGAUUCUUCCGCUUAUGCGAUCCGACCACACACGUAA